AUGAGAAGCAAAAUUAUUGAGAAUUCGUUAUUUUUCGCAUUUCAGGCUCUUGGCGUUGGUUUGCCAACCCAUCAAGGUGUGUUCACAAUGUCGAACGCAAUUCGACAGACGGCCAUCGCCUCACCGUCGACAACUCAACAGAGUCUCUCAUCAAUGGGUUCAACACGAGGAUCUAUCACACAAGGUACACCAAUGAUGCGUCCACCGUCACUGCCCGGCUAUGAUCCAUCGUCGUUGUUGAUGAUGGAUAAACUGAAGCAACAACAAGCCCAACAGGCAUCACUGCAAUCGGCUGGAAUCGGCUCAGCAUCGGCCACAACCAAUCCACCCUCGAUUACACCACUGGGCAGCGCCGCAGCGGCUCUUGGAGCCAGUGGCUCGUCAUUGGGAGGUGGUGGAACCACUCCGUUGGGACAGCUGAGUGCUGCUGCUGCUGGUGGUGGUGCGGCAAGUGGUGGUCCUGCUGCUUCGGCUCCACCCGGUACCCCGUUGGGACUGCAGAUGUCGUCACUGGGAGGAGGACCGUUUGCGGCCGGAGCCGCCAGUGCCCCACAAGGGAUUGGCACGCCGUUCGCCGCUCCGAGCACACCGGUUCCACCCGACAGUCGGAUGUCACCAAUAGCGUCAGCAUUCUACAAUCAAUUUGCAACUCUCGAUCCAGCAUUA